AUGACAAGCCAAACUACAGAGUAUCCAACGAAUGAACUAGAAGAUUUUGAGGCUUUUUUGGAGACAAACUUUGAUCCUCAACAGUUUGCGAACGAAUUGCUUCUAGCUACUAAUGGACAAGAAAAUCCACAUUUAGACUUGGUAACACCAAUAAAAAAAUUGAAGUUUGACAUCCAAGAAUGUGAUAAAAGAAUCGAAAAGAUUUCCUCUUCAAAUUAUUCAUCAUUGAUAUCAAAUUUUCAGAAAAUUGCCGAGUAUCAAAAGAUUUUGACUACACAGAUAAACCCCAACCUUGAAAGAAUCAAUGCACCUUUUAAGAGAAUUAAGCAAGAGGUUGUCGAGCCAUUUGACGAGGCAAUGAAACUAAAUAAAGCAUUGAAGAGAAUCCAUUUAACAUUAGAGUUGUUGCGAGGCACAAGUUUUUUCAUUUUUAUUAUUCAACAAAUAGAAGAAUUGACAAGUGUUCUGAACGAGAGGGAUUUAGUAAGGUUGGCCAAAUUACAUAUCCAAAUCAAUCAAAUGUAUCAAGAUGCAACCAGUGAAAAAGGUGCUGAGGUAAGCGUAUUGUCAGUGAAAUUGAUUCGAGAUUAUCAGUCCAUUGCCAUAUCAAAGAGAUCAAAUUUUCUUUCCCAGUGUAUUAAUGUUGUAAGUGGUGACUUCAACCACCCUUCGACUCUUGAACGCAAAAAUCAGAAAUUACAUUCCCAUUUAUCUGCAUUGUAUAUAUUGGAUAGUAGUGAAUUUUUCAAUGUUUUUGAUCGCUCAACUAUUACCAGAAAAGUUCAAUCUGCGUCAGCUCAGCUAUCACGAGCAUUACAAUCACCAAGAAAUUUUACAGCAAUCCUUACAGAGGUUAAAGAAGAAUCGAGUGAAUAUUUUACCAAGUUGAGUGACAUUUUGAGUGAUUGGAAGUCUGAAAAUGACGAUGAUAAAUUAACUUUUUUAGAAAUAGUCUUGAAAUAUUACAAACUGGAAUCAUUAACAGAAUUGUUUUGGACAAAAUUAAAUCAAAAAUUUAAGAAAAGUAUAGUGGCAGCAAUGGCUAGAGGUGGGCCAAUUGCAAAGAAUUUGAAAAUUUACUCCCAGGGUCUUAAAACAUCAGUGCUGGAGACAUUCAAGUCAGAAGAAGAGAGGAACAUGUUACUAGAUUCAUUGUCCAUGAUAGAUUACAAGUAA